UUUGCAUUAGUAGAAGUGUGUAAGUUGUAAAAGUUUCUAAUAGUCAUCACUCGACUUCACUUGUUUAGCACUAGCAGUAAACCAAAUAACCGUAGAAUUAGAAUCAAUAAGGCAUGAACAAGAUGAAGGCAAUGGCAGCUUCGAGUAGUUCUGUUCAGAUUUCCCCAGGGACUUGCUGUAUCCCAUUUCCCCACCAAAUCAACACCUUCAACACACCGCGCCGGCGUCUCUGCUUUACGAACUCCAAAGGGCUGGGAAUCGGAUGGUACGGAUGUGGAAUAUGUGUACGGUCACCUGGUUGUGUGGUCGUCGCCGCGAUAGCGGGAGGGAGGGAGAGGGAGCAAGCAUCUUCUGCGUGGGAUGAGGAGCCUUACGAAUUGCUUCCGAACGGGAAGAUACAGUACCUAGAUGAACAAGAUGUAGUAACCUUUCUAGAUCCGCCUAAGGAGCUUAUACCAUUAGACCUUGCUUCUUAUAAUCCUGCUGCGUAUCUUUGGAAAAAGAUUGAAGAUAUUCCUGAGGAACGACGUCAUAGACUUUUGCAACUCCUAACCCCUAGGUGUAUAUCAAGGGCUUGGGGAAUAGCUGGGACACGAUAUGAGGAUCCAAAGUUAUUAAAAAAAAUGGCAUCUAGUUUGUUGCAAAAUGAAGAUGGCAUGGUUCUUGAAUACUACUACUGCCUGAAGAGUGGAGGACAAAUACCUAUUGGUUGGAUUAAUCGUUUCAAGAAGGCAUUAUUUUCUUGCAAGGAUGGAAAGACAUAUGGGCGGAUUAUUGGCAUGUCCUUAUUGGCUGGAUUUGCAAAUUCUGUUAGUCCAUUGUACUUUGAGGUGAAACAACUUAAGGAAGUGAUGUCAACCGAACAUCCUUGUGAUUUGGCAUAUGAAUUUGGUGAUGGGUUGUUCGAUAUUCAUGAAUACCCUGCAGGCUUUCCGGCUCCCGCCAAGCAUCUAUAUCCUUUCAACGAUCAGGUUGUAGUAUAUGUUCGAUAUCUCGGACCCGGAGUGUUAGUUGGCCAGGCAUGGCAAGAAGGAAAAGCUCUGGAACAGGUGCCACGGAAAUUAUGUGCUGAAAUAUUGAUGAUCAAAGACUACAGUGAAAGUCCAGUCCAGAAGCAAUAGCUGAUGGAUUUUAUUCAACUCUUCCUUUUAAGAAAAGUAAAGAUGCAUUUUUGUAAUUCAUAGGUAAAAGAUAAUCCAUUGACAACUCUGAAGUAUUAGGUUUGUAUGAAAAGUGUAUUCAAGAACAAGCGGUGAAGGUGAAGGAGACCCUGACUGUAAAUAUAAUUAACUAGGAUAAAGACGCUGAUCUGCCUGAAAUAUGGAGACCCUGACUGUAAAUAUAAUUAACUUGGAUAAAGACGCUGAUCUGCCUGAAAUAUGGAGCUAUAGUCAGGCUUCGAGUCAAAAUUGCUUUAAGCAGAAAUGAAAAAAAUCACAUGUAACAUUAAUUCACCUUCCA